CUUAAACAUGUGAGGAGGGAGAAGAAAAUCCUAUAGUGUUUACUCUGUCAGGCAGGGAGUCGCCCAUCCUCAGGCAAAGCCCUGGAUUAACACUGAACCAUUAACAUGACAGUGAGGGCCUCCCUACUCUCCCCUCUACCUCCACUCCCACACAAAGACAAACUGUUCUACUCUAGAGUAAGCAUUUGCUCUGAGACAGACCCUUUACAUUUUUGGGGUGACUUUAUCAGAUCUGUGUUAGGCCAUCAGUUUAUUGUUCCAGAUGUCUUUGUAGAAUGAGGGUAAAGAGGACUCACCGUCGUUCCUCUGCCACAUACUAUACCCACUUAUUUUACAGACUGGUAUCUGAACCCUGUAGGAACAGAACGGCAUGUAACGUGGGUGUGGAGCCUGAUGCUGAGGUCUCCUCUCUGUAACCAGAUGAUAAGCCCAGCUGUGAUUACGCUUGCUCUUUCUAUUGUGUUGCUUGUUUCAUUCAGCCCCCAUUUUAUAAACCAGGCAGCGGGGCUCAGCGGGCCGAGCCAUAGCAGGGCACACUGCCUGAUUCUGUUUGGGUUGGUUCUUCUGUCCAGCGAGGUGGUGAUUCAACAGUUCUACGUCCUUAUUAGAGUCACUGGUUUUUCGCUGGUUAUCUGAGCCAGUCGAAAAAUAGCUCUUUCUCUAAGAAAUGUUUACUGUUAUUUUAAACUGGGAUUGAUUGUGUCUAGGGACUUGCAGUGUUUGGUUUACAUACAUCAACCGCCAACCCCCUCGCCAUUCUGUAAUGUAAUGGUGGAAUAUCUGUCAAUGACGCUUGGUCUUCGACUGCAGGACUAAAUAAUCUCUACGGGUGCCUUUUUCUUUACCCUCUGUAUCGAGUUGCUGUGUUUUCCACCAUGACUGAUAUAAUUCAGAUAGUGAAGUCAAGUAGUUAGUUAUCUUGGCCUUGUCUUUCUGCCGUCAAGGUCGUUACGGUGUUCACUUACGAGAGAGCGUACUAUUAGUUGUUUUUCUGUAUUCUUCUCUCCAUUGUCAGCUGACCUAUGACUCUGUUAAUUAAGUGGAGAUCUCGGUCUCGUUGCUACGAUACAGCAUACUUCCCAACUGUGUGGUGUGCAUUGGUUGGUUGCCAAUUGCCUGUUUUGUAAUGCUGUCAUCAAAUCAGCUUGACAGAUUCCUCUGGAAUGGGAGCUGUUUAAAACAAAUCUUUAUGUCCAAGCUAACUGCCACGUGCCAGGAUUCACUGUGUGACUGUCGAGUGUGUGUGUGCUGACUGACGAUGCAAGCAAUCUUACUUUUUAAACUCCAUGCGAGUUGUUAAUGGGCUGUGAGCCAAUGAGAGAGCCCCAUAGACUGAUCUAAAGCAAGGACCCUGGGCAUGACAAUAACCCUGACCCCUCCCCUCCUGAGGUAAAUCCCCACAAUCCCCUAGGAAAUCUCCUAUUAUAUACAACACUGGGAGCAAACACACUUGUUGGAGCCACACCAAGAUGAAGUGUCAGUCAGUUUGUGUGUGUAAAGAGUAUGGCAGAAGAGCUCUCUGUCUCUGUGUUUGAGAUCACUGUCAUUGGACUGAUGCAGCAGAAGUUAUGGAUGUGGAGGAUUCCUUUGCACAGAUAGCUCCUUUGCCAAAGAAGCUGUAAAAUCUGACCAGGGUCUGUAGAAGUGCCUUGUCAAUCAUUGAAGUUUCUCAAAGGAAUGCACUGCGUAGAAAGGCUCUGAGGAGAGGAGCAGUCAUUUUCAGCCUGCUUUAUCAGUGCUCUCUGAGGCACUGUUAUUUGCUGAAAGAGAACUUGACAACAAAAGGGUGCAUCUGAAAUGCCACAGCGUGAUUGAUAAUUCUUUGGAGGAAUGAACCAGUCUCCCGGCCCCAUUCAUGGCACUCCUCCAAGUUUACAGAAGACCACCCCGAACCCACAGAGAGUCACAACGAGCCUCCACCUGCACCCCCACCUGUGUGGCAGGUCAAACAUGAAGUCAGUGCAUCCACAAAAGACCUUUCCAGCUGCGGGGACCACGACUCGAAUCUACGCCAGUUAUCCAGCCAGUUCAGCUCCGUGGGGAAUAUGGAGAGAGUAGAGCGCCCCUCACACCCCUUCCAACCAGGAUGCCUCUCCCCCAGCAGGUACCACCGCAGCGCUGAGCCUCUCUCCGGGGGUGGAGGAUCUGGUGGGAAGAGAGAAUCGGCCUUCAGUUGCCUCUCCUCCACCAGCCCUCCCCCGGAGCCUGCUCUGGUCCUCGCCAACACUGACACUGCUGCAACUGAGAGCAGCAUGUUCCAUAAGGGUGUCCAGACUCAGACCAGUGAGGAUGGAAGGCCGGGUGAGCAGCGCCACAGCCGGUACCUCCAGUGGCCCCAGGGGGACAGAGGCUCGGAGAGCCCCAGGACAGUCCCAGAGGAGCAGCCUGGCUCCCGCUACUCCAGUUCAGGCUCUGGCAGAUCGCACAUAGGCCCUGUGUGGCACGUCCCAGAGAGGAGGAGGGUAGCAGCGCCCCCCUCUCCUCCUCCUCCUCCCCUGCGCAGUGACAGCUUUGCUGUCACCAAGGUCUACCCUGCCUACACAGAGGGGCCUGGAGCUCCACCACACGGGCAGAUGAAGGCCCAGGAACGAGGGGUGGACAGGCUGGCUGAGGCCCCAGACAACAGCAGCUACAAAGGCCGGGGCAACCAUAUCCCUCACGAUGAGAACGGUGUAGACCCUAGGUGCAGUUACAACCCUCCACCUUGCAAGAAAGACUUCCUCCACCCAAACAUAGCAGCAGGAGCACCUGACUACAACCACAACCAGCUCAGCAACCCAAACAAACUGUCAUCUGUGUCUAGCCAGGACGUGAGACAGAGUCAGUCUCCCUUCACUUGCCUGCCCAACCAUCAGCGGCAGUACAGCGACGAAAGCACUUUCUACCUGCAGACCAGAUCCGCCCCACAUCCACCGAAGCCGCAGAGCGUCGGUAGCUACUACCACAGCCUCCAGGAGCUCCCUACCAACUGCAGUAACAGCAGGAACCACGUGAGGUCCUCCACCACGUCCCUGUCCACCUCGACCAUCGACCAGAACUAUGACUGCGGAGGACACAUCCGGUACUACUGCAUCACAACCAAGCAGCCAGCCCAGACAGAGACUCGUGUUAGACAGAGCAAAUCAGAGGUCUGGAAAUCUGACAUGGAGCUAGCUAAGGGCUCCAGUGACAGGGGCUCCACAAGUUCCUCCCACAAGACCAACAGGGUCAAGUAUCCUCCUAAUCCUCAGCCUGCUUACACCAACAGCAAGGAGCGGAACGGAAAUUUCCAACCGGCCAAUGUUCUGCUUUACGGCCACACAGCCUCUAAUUCCUCAUCCUCAUCUGGUAAACCUACCACUGAGGAGAAUGAGAGGAGGAGUGAGGGCCAGAGACCUACAGAGGCCCAGUUUAGAAGUUCUUACACUCCCAGUCCGCCCAAGGACCACAAGGUGGCACCACUGAGAGAAGACCCGUGGGUCUCUCAGGAGAACCAUAAGAUCUCUUCUCAAAAGACACCCAUGCUCCACAGUCUGGCUCAGGAGAGUAGAAGCCCCAUGCUUCAUUCUCUAGCCCAGGAGAGUGUUCUCCACCAGGCUCUUAAUCACCCUGCUACGGCACCACCACCACCAUCCAACGGCGGGGGAGAAGCCAACCACGCCCUACAGGAUGCUUUAACGGACAACACGGCAACGGGCAAAUUGGCGAGACGCAGCGACCGAUACGCCACCACCCUCCGCAACGAGAUCCAGCUAAAGAGGGCCCAGCUGCAGAAAAGCCGGAGUGCUGCCACCCUGACCUGCCCCAGCGAGACGGAGGAGCCAGAGGAAGAGGAGACAGACCCGGGGGGGUGGAAGUCCACCUCCUCCACCUCCUCUGAUGGCUCCUUUUCCACGUCCUACAAGGUCCACCUCAAAGAGGCUCAGGCGAGGGUCCUCCAGGCCACAUCCUUUAGGAGGAGAGACCUAGAACCUCCCGGGUCAGGGUCGGAGGCUCCGUUAACCAAACCCAACUCGCACAUAGUCUCCCGCAUUGGUGGCCGCAAGCGUUUCCCUCUGAACAAGAGGGUCCACUCGUUCUCCGAGCCAGACAAGAUCAACAAGCUCGGAGUGGAGGGUGAGGGAGAACAUCCUAUUGGAACAGCACGGUCAUUUAUAGACCGGCGGAAAUUCUUUGAAAUGGCUGCUAAACCUUCCUUCUGCAGACCCAUCUCAACCAUCCACAAGUCAGGCCAGCAGAGCUCCAGCACCACCUCCGGCACUUUGGAGCGCGGAGAGGGCAAGGCCAGAGGGAGAGCCCACUCAGGCGAAACUCAGGUGGCCUGGGGGCCGGGCCUUGCCAGUGAGACCUCCAGUGACCACCACCCAGACCCCCUCAGCCCCGCAGGCAGACAGGCCCUACUGGAGCAGCAGAGGCUGGGGACCUUUGCUGAGUACCAGGUCACCUGGAACAUGCAGAGGAAGGCUUCAGACACAAAGCCCCAGGGGAGGUACCACUCUGCUGACAACAUCCUGGACCAGGGUACAGAGGAGACGCCUGUCUGUGUCCACGAGAGGUCCAGAUCGUCUCCCUCGCAAGACUUCCACACACAGAAGAUCCCUAUGCCAUGGAGAGAGACUGUUGAAAACCCGUAUCUGGAUCACAGACGGGACCAGCGAGGAGGCAGUUACACCACCAGAGGGCAGAGCGAGAGCAGAGAGCAGCCAGCCCAGCUCCACCACUUCCCACAGCCUCCACAACCGUCUAUUCCAAGACUGACCGACACAGAGCCACACAGCAGCAGAGACGUGGCCACCCCCACCCCCCUCCCUCUCCCCUCCGAACACAGAUACAAAUGUGACUCUGCGAACCCCGCCCACAACCUCCCGGCUCUCCCCCCGUACCCCUCCAAUCACACCCACAGCUCUGUGUCUGAGCAACCACUACCACCUCCAAUGCCCGCUCCCAAGCCCCAGAAUACAGGCCUCAUCAUCAUGCCACAUUGGUCUCUCCUAGGCCUGGAAACCUCCUCAACCACACCCUCCUCCUACGGACUGUCUCCCCAGGAAUUCCUGCCUGGCCCUUGCACCCAUCAGGCUGAACCGUCAUCCAGCAGCAGCUGCUCCUCCCAUGGCACAGAGCUGGAUCCUGCCUCAAACCAAGCCUGCUCCUUGGGCUCCACCCAGCUCCCCUCUCCCUCCCCUGGGAGAACCGCUGGACAGGGCACGGAGGAGGGAGCAGCUGAUUCAACACUAGAGCCGCCACCCUCCCCCUCUUCCCACUCUCCUUUUUUCUCCUACCAGCCUGCCAGUCUGACGGUUCCCUCCUCAGGUGGGACUAGUUCUCCCUCUCCUCAGUUUGCUCCACAGAGGCUGACGGACCAGCCCCCUGUCUCUGUGUCUGUGCAGGAUGAAGCCCAGAGCAGGCCAGAGAACAGGACCAACUCUGUGAUGGAGAUGAGCAGUGUAGGGAAGAAGAUCCCUGUUAAGAUCGUCCAUGCUGAGAGCACCACAGAGAGGGAGAGCCGCCAGUACCUGCUGCACAGCGAGAAAAAUAGGGCCCCUGGAGUUUCAGAGGGGCCCGACCUUCCCCCGCCCCUACCGACCAGCCUGCCCUCCCCUGAGCCGCAGCCCUACUCCCUGUUCCGUGCCUACACCCCCUACACACGCCAUGGGCCCCAGAGUCCCCCCAGGGACCCAACCCUCACUGUAGCCCCAGAAGAGGCCCUGUCCCUUGGUCAGUCUCAGACCAACGGCCCCUCUGGUACCUCCACCAUGGGUCCCCAGCAGCCUCAGAAGAGUAACUCGGAGGAGGAUGUGAAGAGAGAGGAGCUGGCCAGAGACAUCAUGGACAAGGAUAAGUCCCUGGUGGACAUCUUGGACCAGAGUAAGAUGAAGACCACCAUGGAUCUGAUGGAGGGGAUCUUCCCCCAGGGGGAGCAGAUCUUGGAUGGGGGGCACCAGAGGAGGAAAUUCUCCCCCAAACAGGGAUUGCCGCCCAGGGGAAUGGGUGACCGGAGAGAGGAGGAGGGCAUGUCUUCUGCCACAGGUUCCCUGGUGACCAGCUCCUCUUACUACAGCACAUCUGCCCCCAAGGCUGAGCUGCUCAACAAGAUGAAGGACAUGCAGGAGGACGAGCUGGAGGAGCUGGAGCAAGACUCUGAGGACGAACUGGACAUCAACCUGGCCAGCAAGAAGCAAGAGCUGAUUGACAGCCUGGGUAAGAAGCUGCAGGUGCUACGCGAGGCCAGGGAGAGCCUUCAAGAGGAUGUCCACGACAACAACUCUCUGGGGGAUGAGGUGGAGGCCGUGGUGCAGAGGGUCUGCAAGCCCAACGAGCUGGACAAGUUCAGGAUGUUCGUGGGAGAUCUGGACAAGGUUGUCAGUUUGCUGCUGUCCCUGUCUGGCCGACUGGCCAGGGUGGAGAACGCUCUCAACAGUUUGGAGGAAGACACUACACCAGAAGAGAAGCGUACCCUGUCAGAGAAGAGGAAGUUGUUGAUCAGACAACACGAAGAUGCCAAAGAGCUCAAGGAGAACCUUGACCGGCGGGAGCGCCUGGUUUACAGCAUCAUGGCUGCUCACCUCAGCCACGAGAGCCUGGCAGACUACCAGCACUUUGUCAAGAUGAAGUCAGCCCUCAUCAUCGAGCAGCGCAAGCUGGAAGACAAGAUCAAACUGGGAGAGGAGCAGCUGAAAUGUCUGCUGGAUAGUUUAUUGUUGGAGCAAAGGUUGCUGUUCUGACGAUGCUUAGUGCAAUCUGAGAUGCUUGGGACGUCCCUAACCUCAACCCUUACCCUGACCUUAACCCUCACCUAAUCUUUACCUUUCAACUUCAAUAGGGUGACGUCAGAGUUGGGACGUUCCAAGGAUCUCGUUUAGACUUUUCAUUCUGACAAUGGCCACACAGAGGUGAUGUGGUGUACUGACACAGACUGGCCACUAGAGAGCCUCAGAGAGGCGCUGUUGGAUUUGGAUAUGAUGGAUUUUCCGUGUGCUUUCUGUUGUAGUUGACUGAUUUCUUGAAGCCUGUUACAUUUCAGGUCCACAGUACAGACAGGAGCUGUUUUUCUGUGCUGAAGAAACACCCUGUUUCUGGAUUUAAAGUAGCUCCUUAGAAGAAAUGCAUUAAGAUCGAUGAAACUUGCUUUGCUAAAUGUGUUUGGUUCAGGGAUGUUGGUGAGGCCUCAUGGUGAGGGCUAUGCUCUCAAAUGAUGCUCAAGACGAGGCGGAUCGUCUCAGUUUAAUAUAAUGCGUGAUGGAACAUGUUUUUUUUUUUAGUAAUUUAUUGUAGCCUUUUAAAUAUUUUCAGGUGACUUGACAUUUCAGGUAAACUCACCCAUAAACCUACGUUGUAGUUAAUUACUAUACAAAUUUUACAUAUUCUCAUUGUGAAGUAUAGGUUUUAUAUUUAGAUCAUUAACAGGGUUUGUCCUCAAUGGGUCAGUGCUGGUUUGGCUCAGAAGUCUAAAGUUAUUUUCAUAUUUGCCCAACAGUACAUAUCAUACUACACACACCACUAAUAGCUACAACACAGAUGUGUAUGUUUUCAACCAAUGUUGUUCUUAGCCCCCACUACCCAUACAUUAGUAUGGUAUUUCUUGACAAUGUUUAUUUUAUACUCAUGUGCUGGGUCUUUUUUUUAUUUAAUCCAAAAGUAUAAAAAGGUAAUUAAACAUUUGAAAUCCGUUGUGAGCAGCAGGUACAGAGGCGAGCCGGGAACCGGAGGAUUGCCCAUUCGAGUCCCGGGUCCGACAAGAAAAAAAUCUGUCAGGAAGUGAGCUGGCAACCGGAGGGUUCCUGGUAUCAAAUCCUAGAUGCCAUUGCAUGCCAUUGUGCCCUUGAGCAAGCCCCCCCCCCCCCCCACAACAACAGGUGCCCAGUGUGUCAGACCCCUGCGCCUCUCCAAAACAUGUAUGUGUAUUUUGAAUGGCAGUUUCUCUCUUUUGGAAGAGUUGGGUUAAAAGCGGAAGGUGCGAUUUGACCAACAAAGGGAUCUUAAAAUCAAAGAUUGAAUUAGCACUUUAUCGUCCCAGAAUUCCCCUUUUUUAGGGAUCCAUCUCAACCUGACGUUGUGCCUGGGCGUCUGCCACUGUGAACACUAAAGGAUUUGUAUGUCCAUGCUUUGUAUAACCAUACAUACAUGCAUUGUACUCUCACAUCAAUUUGAAGACAAUAAACAUUAUGACUCUUGA